AGACUGGCGAGAUGAAACCACCCAAUUCACUCCUCACAGCUCUGAAGGCAGCAAGUCCCACGUCAGGGCACUGGUAGAUUCUGUGUGUGAGGAUGACUCUCCCCCUGGCUAGAGAAGGUGGCAACCUCACCUGAGUCCUCACAUGGCUGAGAGAGCUUUGGGGUCUCUUGUUCAUCCUAUAAAGGCACUGAUCCGAUCAUGACAGCCCCACCUUGCUGACCUCAUCUGACUGUUUCUAAAGACCAUCACAUUGGGGGUCAGUACUUCAACACACGGACUGUGGGGGACAAAAACAUCCUGUGCACAAUAAACAACACCAACAAUGAGGACAUGAAGGAAAAUCAGUCUCCAACGUAGCACUGAUGUUAAUGUCCAGUGCCUGAUAAGGUGUCCCAGAGGCUGUCAGACCACAAGAGAAGUGAAGGGACAGAGGUGACAGGGACAUAGGCUGUGCAGGGCAGGAUCAGCUGGGCAUGCAGGGUGAGGACAGUGGAUGGUAACUGAUCCUGAACAAUUACAGGCCAGUGCUCCGGUCCCUGUUCCGCCGGAAGCCGACCAUGAGUGUGGAGCAGGGCCUGCGGAUAGGCGUGCACGAAUGGGACCACAACAGCAACUAUGAGCGCAUGAUCUUCUACGAGCUGGCUGAAAAGUUCAAGGAGUUUGAGGUUGCUGAAAAGUUGUUACAUCCCAAGUUUCAGUUGAUCAGGGGACUCCCGGGCUGUCCGACUCCAGCCCCACCCAGGCCCGAACCUCCAAGGCCCCCAAUGCCUGCGGUUGUGCAACAACCAGUGUGCGUCCCCAGGCAGACAGACUCCAAGACGCAGGCUGCCUGCCCCCCAACACCCAAAUGCCAGCAGCCACCUGAGACCAAGGCACCUGAUGAGAUCCCUCCUGAAGCUGUGAGGGAAUACAUAGACAUUAUGGACUGGCUGGAAGAGCAUCACCUCCUGUCCAUGCCGGUGUCUAAAGAAAACCAGGAAGAAGAGCAGCAGCAGGAAGAGGAGGAGAUAGUCCCAGAUCUGGAUAUCUCCAGUUACUGUGAUGAGCUUUGCUCCCAAGACGACUUUCUCACCAAGGUGGAGGCCAUUAUCAACCCCCAAUUCCUGGAUGCAGUAGAAUCUCCAGAUGCAGACUUGGAUAUCAUCUUGGCUACAAGACAGGUGCUAGAAGAGGAACAUGAACUUACUGUUGACCAGCUGGUGGAGAAGCGCCUUCUGGGCUCCAAGGAAAAGGGAGGUGUGUGCAGGCCCCAGAGCCGAGGUGCACCCCAAUCUGCUGCCCACCAAGGUGCAGAGCGAGAUGAUCCUGACCGCAAACGAAGGCGCAACAAGGAGACCUGCUCCCCUCCAAACGCUUCCCAGGUCCUUAAGAGACACAGGGCCACCGAUGAAGAGCAGCCGGGGCCUGAGGUCCCUGCUGUCCUGCACAGGAGACACAGCCGUGCCCCGCUGGGAGCCUCUGGUCCCAGUGCUCUUCCCCAGGACCUGGCACCCAGAGGUACCGUGGCCCUCAGAGCAGCCUCUCUUAUUGAGGGACCAGCAUCCUGCCCGGAUGAGGAUGAUGAGGACUUCUCCAGCCUUUCCUUCCUCCUGGCUUCCCCUCGCCAGCUGCUGCCCUGGCAAUGGCCCCAGACCCCAGACCCUGACACGGGCCUCCUCUGCCCUGGGGACCCAGCACCCCAGCCCUCAACUCCCCAGGGAGGCAGCCACAGUCCUGACCUACCUCCAUCUGCCAGGUCCAAGAAGCAAGUCCUCACAGGAGGCUCAGCUCCUGUGGGAAAGGCAUUCUGCCCAGGACCUUCCUGCGAGGUCUCUGCAGGGCAAGAUUUGGCUCAGGGGCAGAUUCCACCCCAAUGGCCUAAGAAGAGGAGGGGUAACAAAGGAGGCUCCCAGAGAAGGAGGAAGAGGCACUGAAAUGUAGGGCUGGUGGGCAGACUCUGGGGUGCCCGUCCUUCAGGUGGGCUUUGGCAAGAUUUCACCCUGGCUGCAUUUUGCACCCCAUGAGCCAGAGCCCCCUCCUCCCUGAGUUCUGAUCCAGCUGCUCUGGGGCAGGAAGAGGUGAUGGGAGGGGGUGGAGAUGGGGCUAUUCUUUGGAAAUGUUUCAAAAUGUAAAAUAAAAAUGGCUGGAAAAUGCU